AUGAGUAAUCUAAGCAUCGGUAGCCGGGGGCGCUUCGUCCAGCAUAUGAUGUCCAUGAAAAAGUCGCUGACCCCGAGCGAGCUACCGAAACCGUCCGCCGAAGUCGCGGCAUCUACGUCGAAAGCGGCAUCGAUAGAAGCAACCGCCCAGCAACCCCCGGAAGCGACUGUGCCGACCGAACCGGUCAUUCGAACCGGAGAAAGCGGCACCCCGGUCAUGCUGGCAACCAACUUCAUGAAACUCAAGCGUAGGGAGGGUUGCGGAGUGUUCCUGUACACGGUGGACUUUGAGCCCAUGGUGGACUCGAGGGCGGCACGCCACAACUGUAUCGAGCAGAACGCCAAAAACUUUGGCGGGUCGCACACCUACUCCGGCAACAUGAUGAUGCUGUCGAGACAGCUGAAAGCUCCCGUGACAACGUACACGGCUCGCCAUCCGCACGAAGGUACCGAGGUCCGGCUGGAGGUCACUUUUCGGGGGGAGAAGCGUUUGAGCGAAAGUACAUGGUUCUACAACAACCUGUUCAAGCGCCUGAUGCACAUCCUGCAGCUCACGACGAUCGCUCGCGGGAACUUCGAUCCGUCGCUGUCCCGCAUCAUCCCGCACCAGCGGCUCGAGGUGUGGCCCGGUUUCGUGACAGCCGUGAGCGAGGUCGAGGGCGGUCUGAUGCUCAACCUUGACGUUUCGCACCGUGUGCUCAUGCAAACGACCGUGUACGAUCAGCUGAAGCUGCUGGCCAACGCGGACAGGGGCAAUUUUCAGGACAAUGCCCGAAAGGCCCUGCUUGGGUCGGUGGUGCUGACGCGCUACAAUCACAAAACCUACCGCAUCGACGAGAUUCUUUUCGACGAAAGUCCCUCAUCACAGUUCGCGUGCCAGGGCAGGGACAUGACGUACGUCGAGUACUAUCGCCAGCAGUACGGUAUCGAGAUACAGGAUCACCGGCAGCCGCUUCUUCUACACCGCCAGGAGCGGAACGAGUCCGGCACGCGCAAACGGAAGGAGAUGAUCAUCUGCCUGGUGCCGGAAAUAUGCUUCAUGACCGGGCUGACUGACGAAAUGCGCAGCGACUUUAAGGUGAUGCGUGAGAUCGCGACGUAUACGCGCGUUCAGCCGCACCAGCGGCUCGACGCGAUGCGUCGGUUCUGCGCGAACAUCAACGCAAACGAGGACGCCCGGAAGCUGCUCUCCAACUGGGGCCUAGAGCUGGUGGAUGAAUCGACGAAGCUGGUCGGUCGAACGCUGGACCACGAGCAGAUCCGGUUCGCCGACGGAACCGUGAGCGCUGGGCCGCAGGCCGACUUUAACCGCAGUGCUAUGGAGAGGCGGAUGCUGGACACGGUGGACAUUGUUCACUGGGUACUCGUUUACACGCAGCGGGAUACCCGCUACGGCAAAAUGUUUCUCGACAACGUCCAGCGCUUCUGCCGCCCGACCGGUAUAGCGAUCAGCAUGCCGCAGAUCGUCGUCCUGCCGGAGGAUAGAGCUGCCGCCUACGCGCACGUACUGAGAACGCAAAUUACCUCGCAAACACAGAUUGUGGUCUUCAUUGUCCCGAGCGUGCGUGAGGACCGGUACUCCGCGAUCAAGCGCGUCGCCUGCUCGGAGAUUCCGGUUCCGACGCAGGUCGUUGUCACGCGUACCCUGUCGAACGAGGCGCGCAACCGCGCCAUCAUCCACAAGAUCAUCCUGCAGAUGAACUGCAAGAUUGGCGGAUCGCUGUGGGGCGUAAAGAUUCCCCUGCAGGGCACCAUGGUCUGCGGCAUCGACACGUACCACGAGACGAAGAAGGGCAACGACUCCGUGGCCGCCCUCGUGGCGUCGCUCGAUUCCACCUUCACCCGGUGGUACUCGCGGGCCACGAAGCAGCGCACCAAGGAGGAGAUGUCCAACGGGCUGUGUGCCUCGCUGUUCAUGGCGCUGCGCGCGUACGAAGCCCGCAACGCUGAGCUGCCCGGGCGUAUCAUAAUCUUCCGGGACGGGGUCAGUGACAAUUUUAUGACCGUCUGCGAACAGUACGAGAUCAUGCAGAUGCAAGGAGCGUUCGCCAUGGUCAACCCGGACUACCGGCCGAAGCUCACGUACAUCAUCAUGCAGAAACGCAUCCUGACGCGGUUCUUCGCACUGAACCAGGCGGAUAACACAGUCAGCAACCCGCCACCGGGAACCGUGCUCGACCACACCGUGACCCGGCGCUACCUGUACGAUUACUUCCUCGUCUCGCAGACCGUCCGCCAGGGCACGGUUACGCCGACACACUUUGUUGUCGUGCGCGACGAAUGCGACUUUAGGCCCGAUAUUCUGCAGCGGUUGAGCUACAAGCUGUGCUUCCUGUACUACAAUUGGCCCGGAAGCGUGCGAGUUCCAGCUUGCUGUCAGUACGCGCACAAACUGGCGUACCUUGUCGGCCAGUCGGUUAAACGUACGGUCGAUGAGUCGCUUUGCGACAAACUUUUCUACCUUUAAUUUCAGUAAUCGUGCGGAAGGCUGAUGGACGAUUCGAGCCGAAGCUUUAUGUGCCUUCUUACAGUAUAACCAGCCGGUCGACAGCAUUACGGGAUACGUUUCGAAGACGAUACACCAGCGACGGCUGUUCUCAUCUGCACGGUUUGAUCAAAACAAUCGUAUCUUUCCCAUUCGAUUAAGCCCGCUCGAGGUCGUUCCUUGAGACCGGAGCUCCAACGAUC